UCGGUGAACAUACAAUCGGAAGAGCUACUGAAUCUUGGUGACAAGAUGCUAACGAAGAUUCUUCUCGUCGCCUUGGCGGGACUAACUGCUGCCUAUCAGUACGAGAACUCGUUCACGGGCAACUAUGCUGGCUAUAAACCUGGCUACGAAGGUUACAAUUACAAGAACGGAUUUGAAUAUGGAUAUCAAAACGCUUACCAAGCUGCAUUCUACAAGUACCGGCAGAAUAUGAGCACGGAAUUCGAAUUCAAUUCGUGGGUACCCAACCGUGAAUAUGUGUACAACGUGACAUCUAAGACCAUGACUGCCUUGGCGGAAUUGGACGACCAAUGGACGGGGGUUUUCACCCGUGCUUACCUGGUCAUCCGUCCCAAGAGUCGGGAUUACGUCGUUGCCUAUGUCAAGCAGCCAGAAUACGCUGUAUUCAAUGAACGUCUGCCACACGGAUAUGAAACCAACAUGCAUAUGGAUGCAUUCAAGUACCGCCCAAUGCCCAUGACCAGCAAGCCAUUCGGCAUCCGGUACCACAAGGGAGCCAUCAAGGGUCUGUACGUUGAGAAAACCGUCUUCAACAACGAAGUUAACAUUCUGAAGGCAUGGGUUAGCCAGCUGCAAGUUGAUACUCGUGGAGCCAACAGGAUGCACUCCAGCAGACCUGUUCAUCCGAACAAGGGCGAAGUCAACUGCCACUACAAAGUUAUGGAACCACUGGUUACCGGUGAAUGCGAAACCCACUACGAUGUCAAUUUGAUCCCAGCCUACAUGAUCCAGGCUCACAAACAAUGGGUUCCACAAGGUCAUCUACGUGGUGAAGAUGGUCAGUUCAUCCAAGUUACCAAAACUCAGAACUUUGACCGUUGCGAUCAGCGAAUGGGCUAUCACUUCGGAUUCACUGGAUACAGUGAUUUCAGGCCCAACACCAACCAGAUGGGAAAUGUUGCAUCCAAAUCUUUGGUUUCGUACAUGUAUUUGACAGGAAAUUGGUACAACUUUACCAUCCAAUCGUCUAGCUCAAUCAACAAGGUUGCCAUCGCUCCUUCCCUAGUGAACAAGGAGCCUGCUCUGGUAUAUGCUCAGGUUAACUUGACCCUCAACGAUGUGAAUGUCUACGACAAGGUCCCAGCCGGUCCAGCCGAAGACCAGAAAGUGUUCGUUGAUCUGGUGUACAGCUACAACUUGUCAAGCGAUAAGAAGAACAACGUUCGUCCAGGAAAUGAAACCGAAUCAUCUUCAUCAUCGUCUUCCUCUUCGUCAUCAUCUUCGUCCUCGGAAUCUUCGGAAUCCAGUUCAUCUAGCUCUUCUUCCGAAUCUGAGGAGAAUCCCAAAGUCAGCCCUGUUGAUCAAUACAAACGUCAGCUAGAUCAAGUCGAGAAGCGAGGCAACCGAAACCGUCGUGACCUGAAUGCUUACAAGGAGAAGAAGUACUACGAAGCCUACAAAAUGGAUCAAUAUCGCCUGAGCCGCAAGAAUGACACAUCUUCAGAUUCCAGCAGCUCUGACGAUUCUUCUUCGUCCAGCUCAUCUAGCUCAUCGGAGUCUGACGAGCGCAAUAACAGUACUUCGUCCGAUUCAUCGAGUUCUUCCUCGUCAUCGUCGUCGUCGUCAUCCUACUCCUCGUCUUCUUCGUCCUCUUCGGAGUCUUACUCGUUGAGCAGCGAAGAAUUAUACUACCAACCAGCUCCAGUAAGCUUUGACCAUGCUCCUGAAGCACCUUUCCUGCCAUACUUCACCGGAUACAAGGGAUACAACAUCUUCUACGCACGCAAUGUUGAUGCUGACCGCUCAGUUGGCCGACUAGUCGACGAAAUUGCUGCCGAUCUGCAAAACCCAUCAAACAUGCCAAAGGCCAACACCAUGAGCAAGUUCAACAUCCUCACCCGUGCCAUCCGCGUUAUGGGACACCAAGAAAUGUACGAGCUGGCGCAGAAAUACUUUGUUUCACAGAAGGAACGCCAAGAAGCCGAACUUACCGAUAAGAAGUUCAGUAAGCGCGUCGACGCUUGGGUUGUUUAUCGUGAUGCUCUUGCUGAAGCUGGAACACCAGCGGCCUUCAAGCUGAUCUCCGAAUACAUCAAAGAGAAGAAGCUUUGUGGGUAUGAGGCAGCAACCGUGGUCUCUUCCAUGGCUAAGUCCAUUCGCUUCCCAACCGAAAAUCUCAUGCACGAAUUUUUCCUGCUGGUUACCAGUGACGUCGUUCUCCACCAGGAAUAUCUGAAUACCACUGCUCUGUUUGCUUACUCCGAUUUUGUCAACCAGGCUCAUGUGAGCAACCGCUCGGCAUACAACUAUUACCCAGUGUUCAGCUUCGGUCGUCUGGCUGAUGCAGACUACAAGAUCAUCGAGCACAAGAUCGUUCCUUUCUUCGCUCACAAACUCCGUGAAGCCGUCCAGUUUGGAGAUAGUAUCAGGACUCAAGUCUAUAUUCGCUGCCUGGGAAAUCUUGGUCAUCCCCAUAUCCUGUCGGUUUUCAAAUCAUACCUGGAGGGUAAGAUUGAAAUCACUGAUUUCCAACGUUUGGCUAUGAUUGCUGCCUUAGACAAUUUGGUCAUCUACUAUCCGGAGCUGGCCCGCUCGGUACUGUACCGUGCUUACAUGAAUACCGCCGAUGUCCACGAAGUCCGUUGUGCUGCUAUCCACCUGUUGAUGCGCACUGAUCCACCGGCUGAUAUGCUGCAACGUAUGGCUGAAUCUACCCAUCAUGAGCCAAGCCGUUAUGUGAGGGCCGCCGUCAAGUCCGCCAUCGAAACCGCUGCUCUUGCUGAUGAUUAUGACAAUUAUAGUGAGCUUGCUGAAAAUGCCAAGGCUGCUGUUAACUUCCUGUACCCAGAAGAUGUCAGUGUACAGUACUCUUUCAACCAUAUUCGCGAUUACGCUAUGGAGAAUCUCGAAAUGAGCUAUCGUCUGCACUACGGAGAAAUUGCUUCCGAAGAUCAUCGUUAUCCAAGUGGAGUGUUUUACCACCUGCGCCAAAACUAUGGUGGAUUCAAGAAGUACACCUCUUUCUACUACCUCGUUUCCAGUAUGGAAGCUUUCUUCGAUAUUUUCGAGAAACAGUACAACACCAAGUACUUCGCUGAUUACUACAAAUCGGCUGAUUACAGCACCAACUUCUACAACUUUGACAAAUACUCCAAAUACUACAAACAGUACUUCUACAGCAAGAACGACGAAUACUACCAGAAGUACUAUGGACCGAAGAAGAAUGACUACAAUGAUAAGGAACCAUCCAAAUUUACCGCUCCUCGUAUUGCCAAACUGCUGAACAUUGACGCCCAAGAGGCUGAACAGCUGGAAGGGCAGCUGUUAUUCAAGCUUUUCAACGGAUAUUUCUUCUACGCUUUCGAUAAUCAGACCAUUGAAAACCUUCCGCACAAGAUGAGACAUCUGUUUGAAGAUUUGGAAAAGGGAUACGAUUGUGAUUUCACCAAAUUCUACCAACAGCAAGAUGUCGUUCUCGCCUGGCCGUUGGCAACUGGAUUCCCAUUCUUGUACACUCUGAAGGCACCAACUGUUUUCAAAUUCGAAGUUGAAGCUUCGGCCAAAUCGCACCCACAGGUGUACAAACAGCCAGCUGGACACCCUGAAAACGAAAAUGAUGACUUCUUCUACAUGCCACAGUCUAUGAACGGAUCAGUUGACGUUAAUCUGCUUUAUCACCGUAUGGUUGAUGCCAAGGUUGGAUUCAUGACGCCAUUCGAUCAUCAACGCUACAUCGCUGGUUACCAGAAGAAACUGCAUGGAUAUCUCCCACUCAAUAUCGAAUUGGGAUUGGACUUUGUCAACGAUGAGUAUGAGUUCGAAAUGAAAUUCCAGGAUCCUAAGGAAGACCAUUUAAUGUUCCACUUGAGCUCUUGGCCGUACACCGGAUUCAAGGACAUCACUGAUAUGCGUCCGAUUGCCGAAAAUCCUAAUGCAAAGAUUGUUCACGAUGAAGAUCAAACUACCAAGUCCUUGGAAUACACCUUCGGUCAGGAUAUGACCGGUGUUGCUCUGCGCCUUCACGCUAAAUACGAUUAUGACUUCUUCAACUUCCAGCAGUUCUGGACCUCGAUUAAGAGACACGACUUCGUAUCAGCUGUCAACUAUCCAUUUGCUUACCAGCCAUAUGAAUACCAUCAGUUCAACCUGUACUACGAUGCCCAGCGCACUCACGCCAAGUCCUUCAAAUUCUUCGCUUACCAAAAGUUCGGAACUCCAUCAUUCGAAGAAACUGGACCCAAGCACCCAGCCAACCGUCAUUCGUACUCUGGAAACUACUACGAAUCAAACUAUGCUCAACCCUUCGUCUACAGCGCCGGAAGCAAACGCCGCUCCGAACAGUUCUUCCGUAAUGCUGCUUCAGGCAUCAGAAACAGCUUCGUUCGUUACUACGACUUUGGUUUCGAGUUCUACGCUCCAAAACAGAAGAGUGAGUUUGUGUUCACCACCGCCUUUGCCGAUAGCCCAGUUGAUAAGACAUCCCGUCAGUUGUACUACUUCCACGCUAGUCCAAUGUUCCCCAGUCAAUCCUACUUCAGAGAUAUUCCAUUCUCUGGCAAACAGUUCCAGAUUUGCGCUACCGCUACCAGUGAAUUCCCUCGUGUACCUUAUAUGAAGUUCUCGGACUUUGAUAAGUAUUACGGCGAUGCUUCCCAGACCUUCGAUAUUCUUUAUGGUGAAUCAUGCCAGGGUGGAGCCCAUGUUUCGGUUAAGGGUAAGCAAAAGCAGACUGGCAAGUACCGCGAGUACCUUGGCUUCUCAGAUGAUGCCAAGGCUUGCCGAGAACAGAUGGCCAACGGAUACUACCAAUUCGAGGAAUGCCAAAAUGCUAUCGAUCUGGCGUACUACUAUGAUUUCUACGACUAUUCGAUUGAAUAUAAGGACGUCGGUGCCGUUGCUAAGAACUACAGUGCCAAGGCCUUCGACUACUUCCAGUAUGCUUUCUAUCCGUAUUUCGAAUCGAACUUCUUCUACCAAGGAAAGCACAACCAGAUCAAGGCUGAAUUCGAAUUCGCUCCUUAUGGCGAUUAUUACAACGCGUCGUGGUACGGACCAAACUAUGCGUUCCAGGUUAAGAACUACCCCAUCGAAAACGAUUAUUCGACCUACUUCCCGUACUUCUUCAAGUACACUUUCUUCCCUCGCUACCAACCAUACUUCCUGCACCGUCUGCCAUCACACAAGCAGCGUGAUCGUCCUUACAGCGAACUCUCUGACUACGAACAAUUUGCUGUUUUUGGUCGCAAGCCCCAGUAUCCUUCCUGUUCAUUCUCCAAGGAUUACUUCUACACUUUCGAUGACAAGAAAUAUUUCUACGACAUGGGUGAAUGCUGGCAUACAAUUCUGUACACUGUUAAGCCUGACUACGAUUUCUAUGCUCAGCAGUCUCACUUCUAUAACUCCGAUUACGACUACAAGUACAAGAACGGAUUCGAAGAGUAUGAACAGUUUGCCGCUUUGGCUCGUCGUGAUUCGAAUAAUCAACUGUAUUUCAAGUUCCUGUUCGGAGAUAACACCAUCGAUAUCUUCCCCAAGAAUGGCGAUGUACCCAUGGUGAUGUUCAAUGGACGUCCAUACGAUAUCAGCCAAUACAACAUUGCCCACUUCGAGUACAAGGAAAGUUACCCAAGCUUCCCAUACUUCUACGCCUUUGCUUACCCCAACAAGGAUUUGGAAGUCAGCUUCUUCGGUGGCAAAUUGAAGUUCGCUACCGAUGGAUACCGCGCUCGUUUCUUCUCGGACUACUCAUUCUACAACAACUUCGUUGGUCUGUGCGGAACCAACAGCGGAGAAUAUUUCGAUGAAUUUGUCACUCCCGAUCAUUGCUACAUGCGCAAACCGGAAUUCUUCGCAGCUUCCUAUGCCAUCACUGGCCAGAACUGCACCGGACCAGCCAAGGCUUUCAACUAUGCCUACCAGCAGAAGGCCAAGGAAGAAUGUGUCAAGCGUGAGGUGUACUACGGAGACAUCAUCUACGAGCACGAAAACUUCCAUCCACGCUAUCGCUAUUACAAUCACAAUGUUGAAGAUUCCAGCUCCAGCUCUUCAUCCAGCGAUUCCUCUUCAUCAUCUAGCUCUUCAUCGUCCUCAGAAUCCAACUCUGACAGCUCGUCGGAUUCUUCCGAUAGCUCUAGCUCAGAGGAGCACAGGGAAUUCCACCCACACCAGCAGAACCACACUCUGAAAGACUGUCCAGUUCAGCACCAGCAUCAGUUCAUCCAACAAGGUGAUAAAAUUUGCUUCACUCUGCGUCCUCUGCCCGCUUGCCACUCCAAGUGCGCCGCAACCGACAAGAUCAGCCGAUACUUCGAUGUUCACUGCUUCGAGAAGAGCUCCCCUCAGGCUGAGAAGCUACGUUCCGAGAUUUCCCGCGGUAACAACCCGGAUUUGAGGAACUACUCGUCGCACAAGACUCUGAAGUUCAACUACCCGAAGAGCUGCGUCCACAAGGCUUACUGAACGAACCUAUUUUAUCUAGAUUUACCGAACGCCAACCUACCGGAACCGACAUGAAUG